ACACGCUUUGAACUUAAGGUAAUGAACGAUCUUGAAAUUACUAGCCUAAUUUAUUCUAAUCCAAUUAAAAUUUAAUUCCUAUUAUAAAUAUUUCAUAAGUUUUUUAUAAAAUUUGAAUACUUACUGUACAUAAACAUAUCUAUUAGUAAUUUUGUUUUAUAUCAUAUUUUUAUAUACUUUAUAUCCACGUGUUUUUAUACGUCUCAUAACCUCUAUUACAUUGAUUUGUAUUUAGUUUAUAAAAAAUGGUAUUCAAUUAUGAUUUAAUAAAAACUAUAGAAGAUGAUGAAGAAGUGCCAGAUUUUUCAGAAAAAUCAGACGAAGAAGAUGAUUUUCAGCCUCGCAAACAAAAAAAGCAAGAGAAAAAAGACUUCGCUAUUGACUUUGAAUUUGUAAAUAACACUUCAGAAUACAAUCAAGAUACUUGGAAUGAUUUAAACAAAUAUAUUAAAAGAAAAGCAAAGAGUAAAUUAGAUGACAAGAUAAAGAAUAUUAGGAAUCAAAAGGAAAAGGAAAAUGAAAGUAUCAAUGAUAAUGAUAACAAGAACAAAACAGAAAUCUAUGAAGAAGAUGAUGAAUUUUCCUUGUCUGAGGAUGAACUUAAAAAGGAUGUAUUUAAAACUAAGCAGAAAAAAGGCAAAAGAAAAAAUGUUACUAAAGAGCAGAAUGGAGAAACAAUUAAUUUUGAAGAAUUUACAAAUGUUGAAUCUUAUAUGUCUUUUCAACAAAUGAAUUUAUCUAGACCUUUAUUAAAGGCAAUAACAACAAUGAAUUUUGUUCAUCCAACACCUAUUCAAGCAGCUACAAUACCGUUUGCUUUAAUGGGACGUGAUAUAUGUGGUUGUGCAGCAACAGGUACUGGGAAAACUGCAGCUUAUAUGCUACCAACUUUAGAAAGAUUAUUGUACAGACCAUUAAAUGGUCCUGCUAUUUCACGAGUUCUAGUAUUAGUACCAACAAGAGAACUUGGAGUUCAAGUAUACCAAGUUACAAAACAAUUAUCACAAUUUACAACAAUCGAAGUAGGAUUAUCUGUAGGUGGAUUAGAUGUAAAAAUUCAAGAAACUGUAUUACGGAAAAAUCCAGAUAUUGUAAUUGCAACUCCUGGAAGAUUGAUUGAUCAUUUAACAAACACACCAACUUUUUCUUUGGAUAGCAUAGAAGUACUUAUUUUAGAUGAAGCAGACAGAAUGUUGGAUGAAUAUUUUGCUGAACAAAUGAAACAUAUUAUAAAGCAAUGUUCAAGAAACAGACAAACUAUUUUGUUCUCAGCCACUAUGACAGAGGAAGUUAAAGAUCUAGCUGCUAUGUCCUUAGAGAAACCAGUAAAGGUAUUUGUGGAUAGUAAUCAAGAAGUUGCAUUUAAUUUACGGCAAGAAUUUAUUAGAAUACGCAAAGAAAGAGAAGGCGAUCGUGAAGCAAUAUUAGCAGCUCUAAUUUGUAGGACAUUCCAUGAUCACACUAUGGUUUUUGUACAAACUAAAAAACAAGCUCAUCGAUUGCAUAUUUUAUUAGGAUUAUUAGGUAUAAAGGUUGGAGAACUUCAUGGGAACCUUACACAACCUCAAAGAUUAGAAAAUUUAAGAAAAUUUAAAGAAGAAGAAAUAGAUAUUUUGUUGGCAACUGAUGUUGCAGCUAGAGGAUUAGAUAUUAGUGGUGUGAAAACUGUAAUUAAUUUUGUAAUGCCUGUUACCAUACAACAUUAUAUCCAUAGAGUUGGAAGGACAGCCAGAGCAGGUCGUGGAGGAGUAUCGGUAUCAUUAGCUGGUGAACAAGAACGUGGUUUAGUGAAAGAUAUCAUCAAACAAGCGAAAAAUCCUGUAAAAAACAGAAUAAUACCUCCAGAUAUAAUAGAAAAAUAUAAUAAAAAAUUACAAUCUUUAGAGUCUGAUAUAGAAAGAAUACUACAAGAAGAAAAGAAUGAAAGGGAGCUUGCCAAAAUAGAAAAUCAAGCAAACCGUGCUGAAAAUUUACUUAAAGGUUCAGACGACAAGAAUCAUAGAAGUUGGUUCCAAAGUGCUAAGGAAAGGAAAUACGAGAAACAAAAACUGUCUUUAACAACGAAACAACCACAUAAGAAAAAAAAUAAGGAGGCGAAAGAAUUUUCCAACGUAAUAGAAGAAAAGAAAAAGAAUAAAAAAAAAGAACAACCUAAAGAAACAGCCGAAGAUAGGGCAAACAAAGAAUUAGAGAAGAUAGCAGCAUAUCAAGCAAGAGUAGCUAAACAAAAAUCUAAAGCAAAAAAAAUUAGAACUGUUGUAGAUAAAGGUGGAUAUAAUGUGAAUAAUAAAGGAUCCAAAAAACGAUCACGAUCUUCGUUUGCUGAUGAUUUAACAGAUACUAGCAGUAAAAACGUAAAAAGAAUGCGUUACGAAGCAAAUAAGAAACAGAAUUCUAAGACUUCAGCACGAAAAUCAAAUGUUCUUGGAAAAAAAAGUCAAAAGAAAAAAUCCCGGACACGUUAAAUUGUAAAUAUAUUUUUCAUGAUAAUAUUGUAUUGAUAAAAUUAAAGAAAAUUGCAUGUCUAUCACUUUUAAUUAUUUAUUUUAUUAUAUAAUCAUUACAAUACUUUAGUUAUGUCACAAAUUGACAGAUGAAUAGCACUGAUUAUUUUAAUCGGUUUUUGAUCAGUAUGUAUGGAUAAUGUAUGACCAUUUUUUUGUAAAAACUGCAGUACUAUGCAUCAUUAUAUUGAAGAUAUUACAGCACCUAAGAAAGUAAUAUUAACUUAUAUAAGAUCUGUGGUUAAAGAUGAGCGUACAAAUUAUUUUGGUGACCAAAAAAUUUAAUAUAGAUAUGUAUCUAUUAUGAAAUAAAAUAUCUUUAAAAAUUA